AUGGCCUCACCAUCGCCAGCCUUACCCACAAGCCGUACUUUCAUAACCCAACUCUUCGACUCACUAUCAACACUACCAAGUGACCAAGCCGCCGAUGCUACCAACGAUAAUGCCAAAACCAACACCAACCCGCUAAACAACUUAUCCGACACGACGAGGAAACAGCUGUUGAGCUUCCAAGUAGUUUUCCCGACUGAAUUUGUACCAGCGUUGGAUUUGUUAGAUCGGCGUCUUGUAACGCGUUUCCAUAUCCGCAAUGAGGAGCAAGUGGCCGAGCUGAAGACGGUUAUUGAUGCGGGAGGCCAACAGCAAGAUGUGCAGAUGAUGCAAGACACAACAGUAGAGUCGGAAGCACCAACACAACAACAACAGCAGCAGCAGCAGCAGCAGCAAGAAAACUCCCAUACACGCACAACUCCAACCCCCACCAAAGAAGCAGACCCGACGGACAAAGACAAGACAAAUCACUUGAACAACAACGACACGAUAUACUACGUCCGCUCCGCACAACAACAACGCUCCUCACGCUUCGCCACAUCCUACGACACAACAACAUACUACCAAGUCCGCCUCCGCGCCUGGAACUGCUCUUGUCCCGCAUUUGCCUUUUCCGCUUUCCCACCUACUCCUGUCACGACGAGGCAUGUUGGGAACGAAGAAGCAACAGUCCACACCCCAUUACACAACAACAACAAUUCAACAAUACAGCAGGAGGUAAACAAUAACAAGGAUAGCAACAACAACAAUGCGGACAACAAGUGGAUAUUCGGAGGUAUCAGUCUCGUCGGGAAAGAAACGACGCAACCGCCGCCCGUGUGUAAACACCUCCUCGCAUGCGUGUUUGUGGAAAGAUGCAAGGGGUUAUUUGGGGGGUUUGUAGAGGACAGGGAGGUUGGUGUCGAGGAGGCGGCGGGAUGGGCUGCUGGGUGGGGUGAUUGA